GUGCCCGUCCAGGAACGAUUGUCUGUAGAUGGGCGUAAGCAUACGGGCCACCUACUUUCCGUGUUGACGAUUGCAGACAAUGAAACUGCAACGGUUAACGGCUGUUGCCACCUUGCUCCGCAUGUGACAUGUACAGGGGAGGGGCGGGCAGUCUCGUGUAUUGUAAUGUGGUACAGCGAGUUCUGGCUGGGCUGCAGCAGCAUCGGACACACCGACAAAAAUAAGGAAGAAAUAAGUCGCCGAGACACAACAGGCACCUCGACCCAGGCUCGCACCCCUCAGAUUUGAAGAAAGGGUCGUUGGAACAGCGCCAAGGACAAAUUGCCGUGAGAGCCUUUCGAGCCAAGGACAUUGUCAGUGCAGCAGGAAAGGAGAUGAGCACCAAGAGAAAGGCAGAGAGCCACUCAAGGGCAGCAAACAGACCACGCAUCAUGAAGUCUGGAGGCUCCCGGGGUGAUUCAGAGAGAGACUCUGGAUUCUCAGAUGGAGGCUCUGAGCACAUGAGCAUAAUGGACACCACAGACUCUGAGGAUUCACCCCGUCCUGUUGUACCACAGGGGCAGCAUACAACUGGCUCGGGGCCCCAGGCCUCUCAGCUGGCUGUGGUGGGAGGCUCCUACUCCAGCCUCUCUCCCAUGAUCAUCAUGAACAACGUCCUCCUCAAACAGCCUGGAGAAAAUCCUUCUGCUCUGAAGCCCUGGGGGUUUAGUCCCACGGUGGAGGUGGUUCAGCCUGUGGUCCAGCAACCUCAGGUGGUCUUUCUCCAGCCUGUGGUCUCUCGUCAAGCUUCCCCGGCCCCCAAAGAGGCCUCCUCUAGACACCGACGCCCUAAAAAGUAUCUUCCAAUUCUGAAAUCUUACCCCAAGAUUGCUCCCCAUCCUGGAGACAGCUCCUGUUCCUCAGGGAGAGGAACUGCUUCCUCCUCCUCCUCCUCCUCCUCUUCUUCUUACUCCUUCUCCUCCUCCUCUUCGGGUUCUGAGAGAGGUAGCAGCUUGGCCUCCCACCGCCAGGGACACAGAGAGAAGCAGCAGCAGAGAAGUCUGUGUGAUGGUGCUAGUAACUCUGGCUCAGCAACUCCCAGUCUUCCUGCUACUCCGAGCACCGUGUCUCCUCUUCUCCAGAGCCGACUUUCUCGGCACACAACAGAAACCAGUGCUGGCAGUAGUCCUACCAGGGAGAGGCCUUCAUCAGCUGUCAGCCAGGCAGAGUUUACCUCCUCCGUGUCUUUGACUCACAUCACUGGCUCUAAAAAACAGACACUCGUUCCCCGGCCAGCCACCAAGGAGAACAACCCAGGGGAAUGUAACCACAGUGACGGUGACUCUGAUACAAAGCGGAAGCGUUUUUGCAACACUUACAACAUCCUGAGCAAAUCUGGCCUGCUCGACAUCGCGCUCCGCACCAAGGAGCUCCACCGGCAGAACCGCCGCAUCCAGAACGACCUAGACCGGCUAAAAGAACACACGGACCUCUUCCUUCAGGCGCUGGGCAGCGGUGACACCAGCAUCUGUGUCAAGCUGCAGGCCAGGCUUCAGGAGGAAGACGGUGAGAAAGAGGAGGAGAGUGCUGCUCAUACCAGCUUAAAGGCCGAUUAGACUAGUACUAGACAGUAAUCCUUUAGAUUGAGAUGGGAGGAAAUGCAGGCCAGGGUUGGGGGUUGGAGCAUGCAGAGACAGAUGGACCGAAAAUAAUGUCUCAACAUGCACCCACCCCCCAGACUCUCUCAUACACAAACAGUGGGCUGUGGCUUACAUUGCGGUUGUCUGCUGCCUAAGGGCCCUGACACACCAACCCGACCUCAAAGAACUGGUGCAGUUGUUAGAAUUUGCACGUGAACUCGUAAGACUGUAGAUGGUGGCCAGUUGACUGCCAACAUGCACAUACGUUGUGCACCUGUGUGAGAAGAAAUUAUUUACUCAGCAGUCUGUGUUUAUAAUCCAGCAAACAUCGGGGAAAGCAAAGCAAACUACACUUCCACAGAAAUUGUGGAAAUAGUCCCAUUGUAUGCUGAGAUUAUGAAUUUAGAAGGUCGUCAUAUCUCCUUUGUUUCAGUGGACAUUGUACACCUUGCUUUGCCCUACCCUGAUGUUGUCAGCCUGUGGUCUUUAGCUUGUGCAAAAAGAAAACAUGGAGGUGAAAAACAAGAAAGAGCCUCACUGAAUUUGCUCAGUCAGUCAGAGAGCUCUCUCUAAUUGCCUCUAUUGCUGAUUCAACAAGCUCUAUCAUCCAAACAGCCACAGAUAAGGUCCAACUAAUGCCAUCAGGGAAGAACACGCUGCAAAAGCUAUGGAGGAUCGUUAGCCACACACCUAAAGUGCUGCCUGGUUGCCAGCUGUGGGCUCGGUGUGUCAGGGACUUACGGUCAAACAAGGCCAGAACCACACCUCACUGCACUGUGAGGUACUGAAACUGCCUCUGCUGCACAGAAAGCUUUUGCUUAUUGGAAAUCAAGACACAGAAGCCCUGAGAGAUUUGGAUCUAGGACGAACAAAUAAACUUUUUUUUUUUUUUUUACUGAAUGAACAAUACAGGCUCAUCUGAACGCUCGAUUAAAACCCCUGACUGGAUAUUUGAACUUUAACAGUGCAUGACGAGGCGUGUGCAGUCCAAGUGUGUACGUAAUCAGAAUUAUUUUAUGCAGCAAUCACUGUAACGCAAACUCAGUGAUUAUGACAGGCUUAUGUGUCCAGGGCCUCUUGCCAGUCAGCAUCUUUUAAAUAGACAAACGAGUGCCUGAAGUGUUUUUUUAAGUCCUGCUGCAUUUUAAAACUUGAUGGGAAAGAUUUGGCAUGCCCCCUUUAUGGUUUCAAGUUUUGCAUUCCCAUCAUGUUGAUGGCAGCUGUAAUACAGCGCGAACUGGCUUGAAAUAAAGCCAGCCAGUUAGAUGCUUCCCCCCAGUAACAUCCCAGUGUAAAGGGUUCUUCCUGUAUUCAACCUUAUUUAUCAGUGACUUCUGUCAUUUGUUUUUUUUAUAUACAUGGGUGUAAUUUAAUCUGGUAAUACUGUCUAACUUAUGUGCAGACCUUUUCUGUUUAAAGUUCCUUUCUGUUUUUGUUUGUAUGAAAUAUCAGUUGUGUGAACCUUUUCAAGUCCGCUAAGACGAGCAUCAAGUCGGUUUUCUUGACAAAGUCAUCAGCUUUGGGCCUCGUCAAUCCAGACUUUUUUACUUUUAUUUGACAAAGAAAGUCCCAACAAUUGCAACAUCCAAAUUAGGAACACUUGUGGAGUUUUGUGCUUUAUUAUUAAUUUCUUUGGAUGUUUAUAAAUGAUCGCCUUAAGUAUCCACCCAGUGUAUGCCACAGAACUUGCAUUUGCACUAAAGUAUGUAGCUCUGAAAUCAAUUUCUGGGCAGACUUUAAUGGCAGCUAUGGUAGCUCAUUUGAGGCAGACUGCAAAACCUUUUUGGUUUAAGUGUGUCGUGAGGCAUCAUAAGUACACAUACCAAUGUAUAAUACUAUUCCUUAUACGAAAAAAACAUACAAUUCCUCUCAGUACAGCCACACAUAAUAUUUACAUUAAGUAUUGAACACUUUGUCUUUAACUAGAGAAUAAUAUUUGAUGUGAUGAAAACUUACUUUCUGUGCUUGGGUUGACUUAAAAUGGUUCAUAUGGAACAUAUGAAGUAAGGAAUCAUUUAUAUCCUACUUUUGCAGUCUUAUUCCAUGUGAGUAGAACAUCAAUACAGUUAAAGCUUGAGUGUGGGACAUUUAAAUGUGGUACAAGUGGCGACAAUCUCACACUGGCGAACCGGUAGUGAUGUGUUUUAUGCUAACCAGCAGUCAUUGGUUAGCGACCGCAACAACUCCUGUCGACAGUGUGGUGUAUUUACCCUCCCUGUCAGAAUUGGGAUACACAAGUUCCACACUGCAGGUUUAAUUUGAAAAGUUAAUGUGCGCUUGAGUCAUGUAUUCUGCAACAAAAUGCACCAAAGUCUUUGUCACAUCAACUCAGAAGUUUGGGUUCUUUUUUGAAUAAAUUGUGGGUGUUUCAUUUUAAAUCUCAGCUUUAUUUGAAGGGACUGGAGUGCACUGAUUAACUUUCAGCUUUUAUGCACAGACUGUGUCUCAGUCAGAAUCAGUGGACAUUUUAUCUCUGAAGAGGACUCGCUGUUUCAACAAUAAACUCUGUAAAUUAAUCAGUAUGUUUCAGAUGUUAGAGAUUUGAUGUGUGUUUGGGCUCAUACUCCUACUGGAAGACCACGCUUUGUCUGACAUUCAGCCCUCUGGCUGAUAGUUUAAGGUUGUGCUGACAAGUUUGAGGCCACCUCACUUACUCCACCCAGUUUCUUUUCGGUAGUUCACUAGUUCCACUGUCAGCAAAACAGACCCACAUGCAAUGUACAAUGUUUUGGGAGUUGAAUAUCUCCUCUCUAAACAUUGCUUUGAUUAUUGUAGCCAGUUGAGUUACCACAAACCACUCCCAAAAUCUUUUUUUAAAUGCAUGUAAUCCUUAUCAAACUUGAGUUGAGGUAUUUAGGUGGAUUUUGGUGCAGGAGCUCCUCAGCUCAUGGUGAUGUAAAACAAUCUGCAUAGUUCCACUUUAUUAGAUGACAAAACAGUUUUCUUGGGUUGCAUCUGACCUUACCAGCCGGCUUGUAACGUUUGAAUUUUCCUGAGCCUGGGAUUCCCCUGUUAUAAGUAAUUUGUACUUGGGGGGGAAAUGAUUUAUAGAGAUGAAGUUGAGUUUUAAACUUAAUUUGGCUCCAAGUUAAACUCCUGUUGUGUGUAAAUCUGCUAUCUGCUUUGAGGCCAUGUCACAAUGACAUCAAGUUAAAGUGUCCUUAAUGAAGGCCUUAUUAAAGACACUCAGACAGGACAGGAACAGGACAGUUGGCACUAUUUUGGCCUUUUACUUUAGCCAAGAACAAAUGCCAGUGUGUUUGAGCUGUAUUUACAGCUGUCACAUGUCCUUCAGAGUCAAGACCUACCAGUGCAACAUUUGCUUUUCUCUAUUUCUUUGACAAACAACAUACUCGCAUAUUUGCCUAAACUUUAAAUGUCUGGAAUUGUUACCAUUUCCUCAACCAGAUGCACAGACAGAUGCUAUAUUCUUUGAAUUACUGUUGUUGAUGUUGUUGUUUCUUAACAUGUCACUAUAACUGAGUCUGAAAAUCUUACAAAUGUUUUAAAGGACGCCUUCUGAAAUUAGAUCUUGCAUUUCCGAUACCGGUCCACUGCCAGUGGGAUAAAUUAUGUUACUUAAGUAUCAAAAAAGGCCAAUGACGUUUUGGCUGAGAAUAGCACAACGCUGCUCAUGCCCAUCUUUUUUUAAGAGCUUCCCUUGUUGGUUGCAAUCAGCUUUUAUUGUCAUUGUCAUAUUCACGUGUGGCCGCAAUGUUAUGUUUUCAAAACAGGAAGUUAAUUGAAAAGUGUAAAGACUGGUUUUGCUUGUACAGUAGUAAUGUAAUUAAAAUGUAAUUUUGUUACACUGGAUUUUGAGUUUUACAUAUAAAUGUCGGCAGCUUUGUUUCCUCCAGUGCGUUUGUCUGCCUUCUUUCAUUUUAAAGAUCCAAAAAAUGGUUGUAAAAAAGGAUUAUUUUAUGAAAAUGUUUCAGUAGUGCGCCAACAGUAGUGAUGGACAAAAUGAUCAAUAGCUCUAACCGAGGGAUUCCUUUAGUGGAAUUAGGCAGGCUGAAUGUAGUGUAGCUUGCUGGCAGUCUUUUUUUUUUUCUACAAUGCAGGAAGUUGCUGAAAUCCCUGCAGAGGAUUUACCAAAAUCAUUUUAAUGUCUUAAAAGUUUAAAACCUCUGAGGACAUGGAACAUAAUGUAAAUAAUGACAUUUCAGCUGUACCAAUCAAAGAUCAAUAACCUAAAGUCAAGGAAGGGUUUGAUUUAAUGUGUUUUAGGGCUCUUUUUGUACAUUUCGAGUUAGAGACUCAUUGCUUGUGUAAUAAAUGUCAUUCCAAAGAAAA